UUAAAUUUUUAUUGAAGACACCCAUAAAACUAAACUAAGUUAUCAAAAUUUUUUUGUUAUCAAAAAAUAAAAAUCCAUUGAAUGAAUGCAUGUAUUAUCCGAUUCAAUCAAUAGUGUAAAAGUGUCGGUCAAUCACUACCUCCCCUACCUAUCAGUUACCCGAUUCUGUGACCUCCGAUACCCGAUACCAUACCCGAUACCCAUACCAUACCUUUCCACACACUUAUGAAUGGGUUUACUGAUGAUAAUCACCAACUGUUUGUUGUUGUCAUCCAUCACCAGUUGGUCUAAUACUCGACAAACUAUUUACUUAUAUAUCGGUACCGAUUGUCGUCUACGCUGUCCUUCGUAUCUACCAAUCGAUGACACCGACGACGACGUCCACCAAUACUACCGACGGAGGACAAGAACAACAAAAACUAAUGGCAGCUCCCGAUAAACUUGACGACACGGGCGACGGCGGUGGUGGUUGUGAUGGCGGUUCACUUACAGAAGCGACGGCACAGUUAGAACAGUCAGAUGCUAAAGAUUGUUCUUCUUCGGUCACAUUACAGUCACCUCCUCGACCACCACCGCCGCCACCCUUACCAGGGAUGACAGUUGCACCGCAUCCUACAUCGCUAAGUCAAACAUCAAUACCUCCACCACCACCACUUCCAGGCGCUGGUAAUAUUCCUCCGCCGCCACCGCUUCCCGGAGCGGGAAUACCGCCUCCACCGCCACUUCCUGGUCAAGCAGCAGGCAUUCCGCCACCACCUCCAAUGCCAGGUAUGAUGUCUGGUAUUCCGCCGCCGCCACCACUUCCCGGAUCGGGUAUACCGCCUCCACCACCACUUCCCGGAGCGGGAAUACCGCCUCCACCACCACUUCCCGGUCUGAUGUCGGGACCGCCACCUCCUCCACCAUUACCAGGUAGCGGACCACCACCGCCGCCACCAUUGCCCGGUGCUAAAGGUUUUGGUCCACCGCCACCGCCUCCACCAUUCGGUGGUCCACUACCGCCGCCACCUUUUCCUUCGUCACACUCAUCUGGUCCGAUGGCAAUGCCGGCGCCGCCUGUUGGCGGCUGGAGUCAAAUCUACUCACAGGCUCGCAAAGAUCCGGUAAACCCGGCGGCACCGAUGCGACCGCUAUUCUGGAGUCGCAUACAAAUUCCGGUCACAAAUCCAGUCACUACUACUACUACUACUAUCGUAACUCCAGUCAACAACAAUACACCAAUUGCUUCGCCGAUUACCAGUCCCGAUGAUUCAGCCGACAGUAAUGUCGAUUCGGAUGAUUCGCAAAGUCAUAGUCGGCCGCCGAAACCGAAAUACUUGUGGGACAACAUCGACGAAUCCAAGCAUUUCAUUGACGACGAAUUUGUCGACCUAUUCUCCCGUCAAGUAAUCGAAAAGAAGUCAAAAUCAAAGGACGGAUCGGCUAAAGAAGGCGAUUCGGCGGCAAAAAAACCGAAAGCCAAAGUUGCCGCCAAUAUUAUCGACUCGAAACGGGCCCACAAUGUCGGCAUUCUGGUCCGAUCGUUGCACUUGAAUAUCGAAGACAUCGAAAAUUCGGUCUACAAUUUCGACAAUUCGGUAAUCGAUUCGGAAACGUUGGAACAGAUUUUCGAAGUUAUGGCCACCAAAGAGGAACUGGAAUUGAUUGACAAACAUUUGAAAACAAAACCCGACAUUCAGUUGGCCAAAGCCGAAGAAUUUCUCUAUAGUUUGUCACAAAUACACGCUUUUGCCGACAGAGUCCAGGCUAUUGUCUACGAGAUUAAGUUCGCCGAUCAUUUGUCGACCAUCGAGAGCCGUUUGAACACAUUUAAGAUACUCUGCGAAUCGUUGACUACGAUGGCGUCCAUCAAAGAGAUUUUCGCUAUAAUACUGACUUUAGGCAACUAUAUGAACGGCGGUAACCGUGAUCGGGGACAAGCGGACGGGUUCGGGCUGGAAAUAUUGCCCAAAUUACGGGACGUUAAGGGCAAAAACAAUGCCGUCAGUCUAUUGGAGUUUGUUGUACGCAAAUAUAUUGGCCAAACCUAUCCGGACAUACUGUCCAUCGACGAGAUCCGAUUUCCGUUACCCGAACCAUCCGAUCUGGAACGAGCUUCGCUGAUUGUCUUCGAAGAUAUCGCUGCCGACAUCAAGUCGCUGGAGUCGGAGAUGAUUGGCUGCGAACGACGAGUGGAUAAAGUAUUGAAAUCGUCGGCCGAUAGUCAACACUUGGAACCGUUUCAGUCGCGUAUGCGAUCGUUCCUCGAGUCGGCCAACAGUCAUAUCAAAGAGCUUCGCGACAAUUGCGACGAAUGCAACAAAAUUUUCCCGGACACUAUGGACUUCUUCCUAUACAAACCAAAGAGUAAAUCACAGAACGAGUGGCCGAAAGAGUUUUUCGCCCAUUGGAUGCCAUUUUGUCGCGAUUUUAAGGAUAUAUUCAAACGUGAGAUUCAGCGAACAAUUAAACAAAACAUUGAAAAGUCAAAGCAAAAGAUCAAAGAGAUUACUGAAAACAAACGACUGGAACAACAGAAGACUAAGAGAAGGAUAACUACCGGUGGACUCAAAGAGAGAUUAUUGAAGAAAAACGAGACAACGUCUACAACAAAGACAUGAGUUUUUUUUAAAAUUUUUAAAACAAAAAAUAGUGAUUAAAUUAAAACAAAACAAAACAUAAAGUCAUUAGAAAUUGUUAUUAAUUAUUAUAAUUAAUACCAAAAAAAAUCAAUUAGUUUUUUUUGAGUCCCCUCUCACACACACUCAUACAUAAACUAAUCAUUUUUUGUACAGUAACUAAUAAUAAUAGGGUGGGGGCACCCCAUCCCCCUUACUGCUUAAUGGGGCACAGCUAAUGAUUGGGUGGAGGGGGGUAUGAGUGGUUAACCAAGUUUACACUAAUCAACUAUUUUGUUUGUUUUGUAUAAAUUAACACUUUAUUUAAUUUUUUAUUAAUUUAAUUAAUUACCUAAUUAAUAAUCA